GCUGCUGUGCAGAAGUCAGUUUCUCUUUCUCUUCUGUUGUGAUCAGAGAGUCUUUACGUGAAUAAACCGAAAGAGCCGAUAUGAGAAGAGAGACGAGGAGCUGACAGCCAGCGCUGAGACUGAAGUCUCGGUUGUUUCUCUGCUUCGCUUUUUGCAUAACUCCAGGUUGUCGACACCAAGCUUCGUUGCUAUUUCUAAAUGAAUUCCUUCUCUGAAUCUUUGAAGUCUGUCCGCGAGCGAUCGUAUAUCUGUGCAGCUCAGAUAUUCAACACCCCAGUGUACAAACCAGAUUCCAAAAAUGUUGGGACACUGUACAAAUUAGCGUGAUGGACGUGCAGAUCCCAGUGGAGCCGGAGCUCAGUGAGUCUGAGUCUGAGGAAGGGACGGCUCUGUCUGAGUCUGAGUUCACCUGUCACUGCUGCUACCAGGUUCUGGUGGACCCCACCACACUCACCUGUGGACACAGCUUCUGCAGACACUGUCUGGCCAACUGGUGGGCCUCCGCUCUGCCCAGGGUCCGGAGAGACUGCCCAGAAUGCCGAGCGGUGUGGACCGGCUUUCCCAGAGUCAACAUCCUGCUCCGGGAUGCGGUGGAGAAGCUGUUUCCCGCUGAAGUGAGACGACGGAAGCAGGCCAUCCUGAGUGAUCCAGGGUUCUGUCGUGUUCUCCAGAUGUUCCAGCAGCAUGGGAACACACAGGCCCCUCACGCAGCUCCGCCACAGAACCCACCACAGUUUAAUAUACUGAACCAACCACCAUUUAAUAUGUUGAUUCAGCCACAGCUUGAUAUGCUGAACGCGGAGUUCAACAUCAGAGAGUUUUGCUUUGGAAUGAGUAUAGUGCUGUGCUGCAUGGCUGUGGUGGUGUUAAUGUGGCGUGUGUACAGUACCGACUCCAGUCAUGAGGUACUGCUCAGUAAACCACUCAGCAGGUGGAGUGCUGAUGAUGUCACUCUGUGGGUGGAGCAUCUGAGCGUCUGGACCAAUCAGUAUAAAGAGACCUUCCACAGGGAGCAGAUCAACGGCAGGUUACUGUUUGCUCUCAGUGAUGAGGAUCUGUCUGCGGCUCCGUUCAGCAUCAGGAACGAGUCUCACAGACAGAUCAUCCUGGAGGAGCUGCACAGACUCAGACAGCGCCGGGUCUCACUGAACCUCUGGCAGUACAAGGAUCUGUAUUUAGGGAAGACUCUGUUUCUGCUGUUGAGUUUGCGCAGAUUUCCUCGUCUGACGAUGCUGUGUCUGUUCCUGUUUGAUUAUGACGACACGUUCCUGCCCUUCAUUCACACCAGCUGCCCGGCACCAAGCUCCCAGGACAGUCUGCUGGACACACCACUGGAUUGGCCGGGCUGGCAUCAGUGGGCGGAGUUUCUGCUGAUGUACUUCCUGUUGCCCUAUCAGCUGCUGUCUGCGGUGGCCUGGCACUGGAUGAGUGUUCAUUACUGGACGGCACGCGUCGUCAUGUUACACACUGUGCUACUGUCCACGCUGGAUGUGCACUACUUCUGGACGCUGCUGAAGAGAGGACAGAUGAGGACGCUCCCUCGGCGUGUGUGGCAGGAGGUGUUCAGGGUGAUGAUGGAGGAGGCUCUGUUUGUGCUGAUGUGGUCUCUGAUUCCUCUGUUCUUCUGUAACUGUCUGUUCUACUACAAUCUGUACAUCUGCCCCUUCAACACUGCAGCGCUGGUCAAACGAACACUGCUGCAGACACACACACAGCAGCGGAGGAUCUGACACACACUCACACAUACACACACAAACACACACACACACACACACACACACAGACACACACACACACACACACACACACUCACACACACACACACACACACUCAGUUUCAGACAUCUGUCACCAUUAUUGAAUAAACCGCUCUUAUUCCUUGAUCUCUUCAGUCACCUGUUUGGUGUUUGGUUCAUGCGGUUCAAGAGAAAUUCAGACAAUUCUGUGCAAUUAAAAUCAGUAAUGGAGUAUUUAUUUUUAUAUUAUGAUUUAUAUUAAUGUUAUAAUCUGAGGCAACAUGGAAGAACAUUUUUGAAUAAAAAGAGAAAGUUC